GACAGCUUCCGACGAAAUACAGCAAGCAAAGGAGAACGAACGAGCAAAUGUUUGCAUACUUUCGCUACAUCUCUCCCUCCGGAAAAGUUUAUUAAAAGAAAUCGUUUUCCAAACUUUGCACACGUUUAUUCAACCCUCUUUGGGAGGAUUUCAACAAAAGGGGCGCGAGGCAUUAAGAAUGUGUCAAGUGUCCUUCUUAAAACGUUGGACGAAAGCAUAAUCGUAGCCGCCAGCAACAGUGAUAAGAAAAGGUUUAUUGUUUUGCCCGUAUAUCAGUUCCGAAUAGAUCAGAAACAUGAACGGGUUAUCAUUGCGCAUUUCUAAUGUGCGAGCAAGUGAGAACGUGAAAAAAAAUUCCGAAAUUCGAAUGGACCUGUUCCAAGUGCCUUCUGUAUAUUUGACUGCAGAUAACUCUUACCUAAAUCAACUAAAUUCGUCAGAAACUGUAGAGGGUCAGGUUAAGGUCCUGAAGGAGUACUCCUCCUUCGUGGUGGGACUCGAGGAUUCGCUGAAGUUGCACGUCCAAACGUUAGCAAACUUGUUCAUGGAAGCGCCCCUGAAACAUGCUGUCCGGAAUACGAUAGCUCGAUCGUUAAGCAACCUAACCUCCAGCCGUGAAAUUGUUGCGGAUAGUAUUGCCAACAGUAUAAAAGCACGCAUUGAGCAGGAUUCUAGUGCGACCAGUGAACCAACGCGCCGAAAUACAACCAUCUGCAACAUCGGAAGUUGCUUUGAAAAUUUCAAGGUUGGUUGUGAAGCUGUUCGUCUAAGUUUGCAACAAUUAUUUCAAUUCCUGAACAAAUCCGUCAUGGUGUACCUCGAGCGGAUGAACGAUCAGGUAUCACCUUCGGAUAAGAGUGAGCUGUGUUUAUUCAUUCAUUCUGCUAUCCGGAUUGUUAUAUCCUGCUUUCAGCAGUUCCCCGAUCAACUGAAAGCGUCGUACGAGGGUGAGAAAAAUGUGGAAAAACUUGUACUCAUAUGCUGGGAUCUGUUGGAAAAUCCGGAGAUACCGAUGGACACGAAAACAAACUGUGGUAUACUCAUAGCAAUGAAUGCUAAUCUGGAGAGAAGAUUCCUACGGCUAGCACAGCGUGUGUUCGAUGAGGAUAGUUCGGCAAAACAAAUGUGCCUGGUGAAUGGUAUCAUCUGCACGAUAGAAAACGAACAUUUCUCCAGCCCGGAAUGGAAAGGUAUAGAGGUGCUCCAUCGGGCGGCAACGGUUUUAAAAGAAAUUUCGGAGGAAAACUCGGUAGAAGUGAGCAUCGUGCUAGGGACGACGCGUGGGUUUUUUCAAAUGACCAAACGACUGCUCGGUCUCAAGCUGGAUGGCUAUAAAACAUCGGAACGAAAAGAGCUCGUCGAUAUCCUGGCGAUAAAUCUGCGCUAUUCGCUGUCCCAUCUGGAUCACUAUGUCGACAGCAUUCGGCAUAUAUCGCGCGAUCUGCUGAAAUGCACCAUACAGCUGGGGACGCGCUUAGACGAUUCGCUAAACGCCAUAAUUUACGAUUACAUUCGUAACGGAGGAAUCAAUAUCAACACAAAGUGCAUACUGAUCAGUGCAAUAUCUUCCAUACUGAAGGCGAAAGAAGUUUUGCGUGCCAUUCCAGACGUUGCGGAGUUUUUGCUUCGAUCGCUUACCCAUAACGAUCAUUCGAAUACAAAUUUGCACAUCAACAAUUGCUACGAGACACUGAUGAUGUCUUACUCGUACGAGGACAACAAGCAGGAAUGGUUCAAUCGUUGGGUAAACCCUAUUUUGAUGGAAAUUACCAACGGACGGGAAGGAAGCAUCGGCGGAAUCGUUGAUGCAGUCGACCCGAACGAAGCAUCCAUGCACGACGCCGCCGAGGAACCCAGCAAGGAAGGAAACAGAGGAAAUGAUAUACGCGAAACACUCCACGAUCUCAUAAGAAAAGCGAUUCGUGCUUAUCCCGAAAUCGCAAUUUACAUGAUCGACAGCAAAGUCGGUAUCAGUUACGGUUUGGUACUGUCCUCGUUGGGAAUUGCUCGGAAAAAUGGCCUCUUCGAUGCAGUCCAGUCGACAGAAGCGAUGUGGAAAAAUUUGCUGUCCUACGCUGAUAUCCGGGAAGCGAUGAUAUCCUCCGACGAUUCUACCCGCAUGUCCGCCCUAUACCUGAUAACAGAGUGUCAUAAAAGCACCGAAAUAUUCACCAAGCAAGAUCUGGAGUGCAUUCUGUUUUUCCUGGAAACGAACAUAAACGUCCAGGCGGCUUCCUUGCGGCAGAAAAUUACAUCCUGCAUGAAGAGUGCGCUCAACCGGCUUCGUUCGGGAUUUCUAAGCAUCAUUAAAAAGUCGGAUAUCGAUGGCAAAAGUCAUUACUACUACGAGUUUGUCAAACGACUGCACGAGUUCUGCAUCGUGAAUCAGUUUAUUGGCGCCAACUACAGCCGGCGAGCAAUUUCGUUUCAAAUUCUGCUACAGCUGCUGCAAAUUUCUUCCUACAUUUUUUACGACGACGAAAACAUAAGCAUGUGGAACGAACGGCAGGUGCGUAUACUGCUGUCGGCUUUAAACGAUAGCUACGAGUCCAACAAACACUACUCGCUAAAAGUGCUAUCGUUUUGCCCGAAGCAGUUCAUCGAACAGUUCAACGGCGAACUCAAUUACGAGAUCACUCGCACUCUGAUGAUUAGUCCGCGGCCAAACGAUUCACUGUCGGCAGCAUAUUAUCUUGAGUAUCUGUGCUUCGUAAACAGCACCAUCGACACUCCCCGUCUGGAGAUGGAGCCGGUUAACUGUAAUGUGGCGGCAAAAGUAUACCGCUGCUUUCUGUGGUGCGAGGAAAUUUUAAUGCAAGGAUAUCGAUUAGCUAGCCAUUCGCUGCUGCGAGCUUCGCGGGAGAACCCCAUGUUUGGAGCGUUGAUCUGCAUUCGUCACUUGUUGAGCAAGCUAGAUUUAAAGGAACUUUCUGGCGAUGAAUGCUGGCGAACGUCUAUUACGCGGUUGAUCAGUACCUGUGACAGCAUAGCAAAAGUGGUUUCGGUGGUAACCAACAAUUCUUCGCCAGAAGGAACAUUUUUAGAAGAUUUCGCAGUGACAAACUUGUCCGAAUGUACCGACAUCGAAAUGGACGAGGGUAACGAACUAUCAUCACCAGAUGAUAUCAGCAGCAGCUCAAUUCAAAGUGCACAGAACGACGAGGUAGGCCGGCCAGAAGGAAGCAGGCCAGAAACGACGCCCCAAAUGGUUUUGCUCUGUUCCUGGCGCACCAUCAAAGAAAUUUCUUUGAUACUUGGCGAUAUUGCUUCCCGUUCUCCGAUCAUCGAAACGGGAAGCACUGCAAUGCCGGGCGACAAUGGCGGGCUUUUAACGUGCCAGCAGAUUUUAAGCAUCGGGAAUCAGUUCAUUGAACUCCUUUCGGAAACGAAGCACCGAGGCGCAUUUGAGCAAGCGUACAUAGGAUUUUCGAAGAUUUGCUUACGCCUGUGGGGAUCGCCACACGCCGAACUUCAUCAGCUACCGAUGCGAUGGAUUCAAGAGUUGAUAACGGCAAUCACCGGGGGCAUGGGACCGGUUGCCGCGUAUACAAUUACUGACAGAGACAUCGCCGAGAUCAACCUCGAUAAACUGUGCGUAACUCGUCGCAGCGCGGGCAUCCCGUUCAUAAUACAAGCCUUGAUAACGUCGGAGCUACAGGUUAGCUCCACGAAGGGCUUACAGUUUUGCAUGAAAACACUGCUCGAACUAUGCCGGUCGAGCACUACAAGCAGUCAGACGCGUACCCAUUCGCUUAAUAUACUACGUUCGCUUUUUCGAUCGACUGAUUUGGGCGAAACGGUAGGCGAGUUCGUUUCGGAAGGAAUCAUGUGCGCCAUCAACGGUUACGAGGCGGAGUCAUGGUCGGAACGCAAUUCAUCAACGUUGCUAUUCUCCGCGCUGAUGGUUCGCGUAUUUGGAGUACAAAGAACCAAGGACUCGGAGAAUCUUAACAUUCGUAACAAAAUGACUGGAAGAAUAUUCUUCUUGAGAUACCCGGUGCUGUAUGAUUAUUUCGUGCUUGAACUGGAAAGGGCGAGCAAAAUUAUCAUCCAGGGCACUAGAAGCAAAAAAUUACAUCCACUACUGUUGCUGCUCAGCCGACUGUAUCCAUCCGCCUUAGAAGGUAGCGAAUCCAAUUUGAAGCUUUCACGCUUCGUUCCUUUAGUAUCAAUUUGUUCCGGUUGUGCGGAAUUGCAAACCCGUUACUUGGCAGCAAAAAUUGUUUCCAUUAUAGUUUCGCCGGACCUGAUGUUUGACAGGAUCUGCUUGUUGCUGGAAAGCCUGAAUCGUUCCAACAACCGAAAUGUCAAUCCCAACUCCUUACACGGCGCAUUACUGCAGAUUUUGUACCUCGUGAAAACGAAAAACCCCGGCUUAGUAGCGGCAGCAACUUCGAGCGGGCAGUUGAAUAAUUGGAUCGAGCUGUACACCGCGAUCUCAAACUAUCUGUUUGAAGUAAAGCCGAAUUUCAUCAUCUACAGCACCAUACUGGACAUAUUGCUGGAAAUUCUAGCAAGAUGCCAACACAUCAUCAUUGCAGAAGACGACCAGUUUAUAGAUGAUCUGAGCAACAUUGUUGAUUAUCUGCUUAAUUUGGCAAACCAUCGGAACUUUUACGGAGAACCGUUGGUGUUUCAGAAAAUUGUUCUGCUGAAAACGUUUAUGUAUCUGUACAGUGAUGACGAGACGGGAAUGCGGAGCUCGCAAUGCUUCCUGUUGCGCAUCGAGCCGGACGGAGAAACGCGGCAGUCGCCAGAAUAUAUAAAGGCGAUGCUAAACACAAUCUUAUUGGUGCUGGAUGUCGACCACAUUGGAAAGCACUGCGAAGAAUACGAUAUCACCCCUGUGGAGGUGUUUUACUUCCGCAACAUUUGCGAACUAAAGCCAGAUCGAUUGCGGUGGCUGAAGGCGGAACUGUUGCGUUCCCAGCAGUUUCACUGCUGUUUGCGACGAUUGAUAAGCCCCGGCAACGAGGGCCACAACCAGCUGUACACGAUCCAGGUUAAAGCGUACCUGGUACUAAGCUACAGCGGUGUGGCCGUCAGCAACGUACUGUUGGAUGGGAAAAGUAUCCGCGAGGCAAUGCAGAUCCUAUACAAAGCAGCGAGCUGUCAACCCUAUCAGUUGCGUAGUGCCAUGUUCCGCUGUUUGAAACGUCUGUUGCAAAACGAAACAAAGGGUUCGAGUGAGUUUACGUUGAAUGUAGAUUUUUUACCCACUCUAAGUGCUGCAUAUCAAUCCAAACCCAUUAGAAUGACGGCGGUGGAAUGUUUGCAUAUAGUCGGUAGGAAAAUUUUCGAUGGGAAAUCUUUAAAUCAGUACAUAAGUUUCAGUUUCGCACUGCUGAAUUUGCUGAGUGAUGAUGAUUGUAAUAUCCGUGCCAAGGCAUCAAUAGUCGUUAGUCAACUGUACCAUGUGAUUGAGAAAGUAAAACAAAAACCUCUUGUAGCGACAUAUGCACAAAGUGUAUACUUACGAUUACUAAGCAAAACAAUGGUUGCUCAUAAGUUUACUGUAAACCAGAUAGUGGCCGUUAUCGUCGUGAUAUGGACAUUAAAAGAGCAGGAAACAGAAGACGAUUCCGUUAACAUAGACGAUGUAACAGAUCUUAAGGUGUUUGACAAAAAUGAAGUUAACAUCUAUGGCGAGCUAGAACUGGUCCGGGACUACUGUAUAGCGGAACUACAGCAUCUGGAAGCGAGUAAUGAAAACUACAGCUUGGAAAGCAAUAUCGACAAAAUACAGAAGAUUGUUGACAAACAUCUGAAGCAGCCAAUGUGUAUACGGAAGUUCUUGCAUUCUACCGCAAAAACAUCAUCCAAGCUAAUAGGAAUUGUUCUGUAAAAGCACAAACCUCUGUGUCAUGCAGCUUGUGCUGUGUGCUUAAGAAACCCGUAAACGAAAACUUUGUAAAAAAUAAACUGAUAUAGAUGUGGAA